GGUGAUAGAGGGGGAGUAAGUCUCUCUUUCAUCUAGCGAGACUACUUCCUGCCACCUCAUUUUAGAGAAAGACAGAGGAAACACAAAGCUGACACACUGUUCUCUCUCACUCAUUACCUUGGGUUGUGCCUCUGGUCCAGACAAGACAUGUUUCUACUCACUUUCUCUCUUGCUCAGUCCACCUGUCCUACGUCUCUCUAGAUGUCGUACUCUUCUGUACCAGCCAGAGGAAUCUACCUCUGCCAUCGUAUUUGAAACAUUGGUGGUUUCCUCACCCUUCAUCCUUUUUCUCUCCUCUCCCCAACUCUUCCCCCCAACAAGUAUUUCUCGUGUCUCGUUUACUUCUCCUCCUCAUGGCCUUUCUGCUGAAGCUCUUGGGAUACGGAGUGGAAAAGAAACAUCUAGUGGAAAGUCAGUGGCUGCGACGGGAUAUCAAUCCGGAGCAAGAGUGGGAGAUCCUCGGUGAGCUCGGUGAUGGAGCAUUUGGGAAGGUUUAUAAGGCACAACAAAGAGGGAAGAGGGCUUUGGCUGCAGUGAAGGUUGUGGACAUAUCCUCUGAAGAAGCUCUUGAGGAUCAUGUGGCUGAGAUCAAUAUCUUGGGGCAGUGCCAGCACCCAAACAUUCUUGCACUACUGGAGGCAACAUACUGGGAAAAAAAGCUUUGGAUUCUGUUGGAGUUCUGCGCAGGUGGAGCCCUUGAUGGCGUCAUGUUGGAGCUUGGACAUGGUCUCCUAGAGUCCCAGAUUCGUGUGGUCUGCUUCCAGACACUCCUUGCCCUUCAGUACUUGCAUAACCACAAAAUCAUUCACAGAGACCUCAAGGCUGGCAACAUUCUUCUCACUCAGCAAGGCGACGUCCGACUAGCUGAUUUUGGGGUCUCUGCAGUUAAUACCCAAACACUACAACGGCGAGGCUCCUUCAUCGGAACUCCUUAUUGGAUGGCUCCAGAGGUAGUGAUGUGUGAGACAUGUAAGGAUGCACCGUAUGACUACAAGGCAGAUGUCUGGUCUCUGGGAGUUACUCUGAUAGAGCUGGCUGAGAGAGAGCCUCCAAAUCAUGAUCUGAAUCCGACACGCGUCUUGUUAAAGAUUAUCAAGUCUCAGCCUCCGUGUCUGAAGCAUAAUUGGCGCUGGUCUCAGAACUUUAACAACUUUCUAAAAAAGUGCCUACAGAGGAGUCCCCAAGAAAGAUUAUCUGUCAGUCAACUUCUACAGCAUCCAUUUGUAUCAGAGGUCAGUGACAACCACCCACUCAGAGAACUGGUAGCUGAGGUCUUAGCAGAAGUGACAGAGGAGGAAGAAGAUGAAAAGCAGCAAGACAGUGAUUCUCAGAAACCUGCUCCUGUGAGUGUUCCUGAUGAAGCAAUGGUCGCAGAGAAUAUUCAGUCUUCAGUGGAUUUCUCCCCAUCUAAACAAGAGAAUAGCUUACCUAGCUCCGUUUCUCAGAUGUCUGACCAAGGAAACCCUUCAAGGGCCUCCAAACAUGAUGCACCUCUGAGAGACAGGAGAGGGUCAAGUUUCCUGAAAAAGAUGCGUAGACUUUCUGCUCCUUCCUUAUUCAGGGAGAGUAAGGUGGCAGUAAAACAGAAGACUGAAAAUGAUCUGGAAGCCACAACGCAAAGAGGGGAUCAGAAAGUGAGAAAGGAAAACAUGUUCCCUGAUGUUGCUGUUCAUGCAGGGUCUGUAAAUCCGGAAUCAGAUGUGCAUGUAAACUCUGGGCCAGCACAGAAUAUAGGUCAGGGCAUAGAUGUUGUUCAUGCAGAUAAUAGAGAACUUGUGAACUUGAACGUAGUUAUUCAUCCAGCCAUUCCAAGUGUUGCACAAGCUGAGACAGAGACAGUAAGCUCUAACCUACAAACUCAAGAGUUACUUAAAAGGAAAAUGACUAGCUCAACAACGGAAAUGUGUACAGAAGUCAACCCUGACUUUCAAACACAGCCCAGGUGGAGAAGCUGUGAACAGCUGUGUCAUUCCUCAGGAGAUCAUUUCAAGGUAAACAGUGAAAAAAGCAGGAACAUAACAAAAAGAACAAGUUUUGAAGCAAUACAAUACAAGUUGGAGUUGUCUCAAUGUCAUUUGACUGGAAAGCCGAACAAGACUUUUAUACGGUUGCGCUCGCAUUCUGUUCCCACAUUGUCAGUGGAAUCUAGAGCACCAUUAAAGAAGGAGAAGAGUAAAUCACAGGAACAGCAUCUAGUAACACAUGAAGACCCUCAGAUCUCUCCACACAAACAAAUACAGUCUGAAUUACAUGCACAUAACAACAGUACAACUGAAAAGCUUAUACAGCAGGAAGCUACCACUGACCAAGAAGGUGUAACUAUGCAGAUGGAAAGACAGUCGACUUCACAUUUUUCAAUAAACUCGAAAAAUGAUACAGAAAUCUCUAGCAAUGAAAUUCCCAAUUCAACCCUGGGACCUACAACUGAUUUUAAAAUAAUGAAAACUGCAGAAUGUGCAAUAGAAAAAUUGGAAACCUCCAAGUAUGGACCCAGGGCUUUGGAAUUCCUUAACUCUGUCUCGCCAACACAUACAAUCUCAAAGUGGAGAAGCUAUGGAAAUGUGAGCAUAUCUCAAGCUCCUCCAUCAAUAUGCUGGACUGUGCCUUUAACAAGAAGAUCAUUAACAGAUAAGGCAGGAAAAUCAUUGCGUAAAUAUCUAAUGGAAGACGCAAAGAAUCUGUCCAGUAAUCUAACAUGUUCUACCAUAAAUGAAAAAAAGGAAAAUACUAAAACAAAUCAAACUGUAAAUUCAGGGUCUGGUGAAAAUAUUGGGACUGUCGAGGAAGAGGCAAAUAUGGAACAAGCCUCUCACAAAAUUGAUGGGCCCCUCCAACGACUGCAUACUGCACGGUGCUCAUGGUCAGUAUAUUCUUCUUUUCCCAACGAAGAAAUCAAAAAAACCCAUUCUGCUUCCUCAUUUAAAAGGGAAUUUAGAGCCUCGGUCAAAUGGCAAGUUGAUGAUCUGAAUGGAAGCAUGGACGAGAAACGACAAAGAACCCUUCAAGGCAUUCUUUCUCAACAAGGAGAGCUGAUGUCUACCGAUCUAACUAAAAGAGAAGAAAUGGUUACUGGAAGAACAAGAACAGCAGAUUGGAAUAUUAUGGGGAAGAAUUUACCGGAGCAAAGUUUCUACCUCUCACCCCAGACUAAUAUAAUAACAUCUGCGUGCCAUCACCAGUCUCUAGAGAUUACACGUUCUGCUGAGUCCAAGUGGAGAAGUAGAGAAAAUGUGCGCAGUUCUACCAGAAAACUAUCUAGAAGUUUGUCAGCACCUGUAUCAUGGAAAAAAAAACAUUCAGCAGCACAAAUAGAAUCAAAAGAAAAAGAGGAGGGCCACCUAAAGUUUGCAAAUAAAGUGCCCCAUCAAAUAACACAUUCAUCUACCAAUGACAGCGUAUCAACUGUAAGGACAUCUGAAAGAGGGGAUUUAGACCCUGCAGUGGAUACAGAGUUGGGUGAGAAAACUGAAGAAAAUGACCCCAUCCAGAAGACUUACAAACCUUUAAAAAGACUUAACUUUGCUCGGUGUUCAUGGGCAGUAUAUCCACAAGAAAGAAAUGGAAGGGCCAUUCUGCAGAAACAGGACAUUCCAGAAGAAGACAGUACAACUGAAGAGUCUAAUAUACCGACAGACCCCUCUGUGCAAAAAAGUGACAUCCCUGCAGAUCAGGUGGAAGAGUCACCCAAAGACCACCAGAAAACUGUACGUGUGACACGAAAAUUUAUUGUGGAUGGGAGAGAGGUCAGUGUAUCGUCGUGCAAGCGUAAAAAUGAACCAGGUAUCAGAGAAGACAAGGAACGUUCAGUAAGGCGACAAGAGUUGCAGCACCUGAGAUUGUUGCAGAAAGAAGAGAAAAAGUCACAGAGCCAGCUAGAGCAGAGAAUGCAGCGAGAGAGGGAGUUCAUGUUCCGCAACAUCGAACAGGAAAUUAUAGGAAAGAAGCAGUAUUAUGACCGCGAGAUCGAUGCACUGGAGAGGCAGAUGGAGCAGGCACGGAUGAAAAGAGAGCAAGAACACACUAACCGAUUGCGCCAGGAGGCCCUGAGAUUAAAGUCUCAGCAGCAGAAGGAGCGGACUAAGAAGAAAGCUGAGUUGAAGGAGAAGUGGCAAGAGGAUCAAUGCCUGUUAGAGCAGCAGCAAGCGCUAAACGCAGCUUUACAGAAGGUGGUCACCGAUCACAAGAAAAAAGUCAUGAGUAUCGAGAAGGAGAACCUCUGCAAACUGCAUCACCUGAAGAGAGCUCGUAAUUCAGUGAUCCUGAAGCUUGAGGAAAGGCAUUUACAGGAGAAGUAUCAGCUUUUCCGACAGCAAGUAAUUGAACAACACAGCUUACAAAGGCAACAGCUGCGCAAGAGGCACGAGAAGGACACGGAGAGGCUCAAGCAUUAUCAGAGUCUACUUGUAGAUGACAUGAAGAGCAAACAUAUACAGGAGAGAUCUCAGUGGCAGAAGGCCCAGCGCAUUGAAGCCAGGACUCGCCAGGCAAUGUUUAAGGAAAGGAUUAAAAGUCAAGGGCUAAGUGUCUCCGAACAGAAAGAAAGAAGUAAACAGUUCUUGUUGCAAGAGGCUGCUCAUCAGAAAGCAGAGACUCAGAAACAGCAGCAGAGACAAGAGGAGGAAAUGAAGAAGCUCCAGCAGCAUCUAGAAGAAACAUGUAAUGAACUACAGCAGAUUCAGGAAGAAAAGAUGCAAAGCUUGCAAGCACAGGAGACAAAAAAGUUGCAGAAGCUAGAUGCAGAGCACAGCAUGGAAUCUGAACAAUGGAAGGAACGCUUGAGGCUGAGUAAAGAGAAUCUAGAUGCAGAGUUUACAGAAAGACAACAGCAAAUCCAAAAGACUGGAAAACAACCAUGCAAAGAUUAUGAGAGACGGACAUCCCGAUUCUUCCUUUGACAACAACAAAUGGAAAUAUAUAUAUAUAUGAAAAUAAAACAACACUCAAAAAUUGUACACAUUCAUCCAAUGUAAAUUAAAAAUAUUCUUAAAGAAAGAAAAAACUAA